AUGUCGUGGAAACUCACCAAGAAACUCAAGGAGACUCACCUUGGAGCGCCCUUUAGCAAUACCUUCUCGCGCAGCUCCUCACAAUCCGCCAUCAACAACAACACACCAGCCGACGCAUCGAAGACCGCCUCCACGAACCCUACAUCUGCCACCUCCUCCGCCGCCUCGACCACAUCCAAUGCCUCCGACCCGCAAGGCAUCGCUGCUUCCGAGCAAUUGGCCACGGCCACCGCUACACCUGCGAAACCCGGCAUUCUCAUCCUCACCCUACAUGAAGGCAAAGGCUUCAGCCUCCCGCCAGGCGCGGAGCAGGCAUUUGCGAGACCGGGACAUGGCAGCAGCAUGAGCGCAGGAUCAUUUUCGAGCAGUUACAUGGGCAGUGGAAACAGUGCACGACCAGGAUCAAGCAGUGUGAAUCAAGGAUCAUUCCGACCGAUGUCCUCCAGCGGUGGUGGAAUCAACAACAUGCCUUCUACUCACGGCCGAUACAGCAGCAAAUACCUCCCAUACGCUCUUGUGGAUUUUGACAAGCAGCAAGUCUUUGUCAACUCCGUCUCCGGCACACCUGAGAACCCUCUGUGGGCGGGAGAGAGCACACAGUACAAGUUUGAUGUCAGCAGGUCGACGGAACUCAACAUUUCACUCUACAUCCGCAAUCCUACCGCUCCUCCAAAUGCUGGUCGCCAGCAGGACAUCUUCAUCGGUACUUGUCGAGUCAAGCCCACGUUUGACGAAGAUGUGCCGCAGUCGGCUGAAGCUCCGGACGCAAAGAAGGACAAGAAGGAGAAGGGCAUGCCACCACCGCAAGCGAAUAAUGGGCUGGGAAUCCAGUGGAAUGAGAUCCAAUACGGCUCAGGGUCGAUCAAGCUGGGUGUAAAGUUUGUGGAGAACACCCAGCGAUCACUCAAGGUGGAGGACUUUGAGCUGUUGAAGGUCGUGGGCAAAGGCAGCUUCGGCAAGGUCAUGCAAGUGAUGAAGAAGGACACCUCCCGGAUUUACGCUUUGAAGACGAUUCGCAAGCAGCACAUCAUCUCGAGGUCGGAGGUCGCACAUACUCUCGCUGAGAGAUCCGUCUUGGCACAAAUCAACAACCCCUUCAUCGCCCCUCUCAAAUUCUCCUUCCAAUCCCCCGACAAACUCUACCUCGUCCUCGCCUUUGUCAACGGCGGCGAACUCUUCUACCACCUCCAAAAAGAACAACGCUUCGACAUCAACCGCUCCCGCUUCUACGCCGCCGAACUCCUCUGCGCAUUGGAAUGUCUCCACGGCUUCGGCGUCAUCUACCGCGAUCUUAAACCCGAAAACAUCCUCGUCGAUUACGUCGGUCACAUUGCGCUGUGUGAUUUCGGUCUGUGCAAGCUGGACAUGAAGGAUGAGGAUAAGACGAAUACGUUCUGCGGGACUCCCGAAUACCUCGCUCCGGAGUUGCUGCAUGGUCAGGGAUACACCAAGGCUGUGGACUGGUGGACACUGGGUGUGUUGCUGUAUGAAAUGUUGACGGGCCUCCCGCCAUUCUACGACGAGAACACGAAUGAGAUGUACCGCAAAAUCUUGUCCGAACCUCUCCACUUCCCCGGUCCGGAAGUCGUGCCUCCUGCAGCCAGAGAUCUCCUCACCAAACUCCUCGACCGCGACGCAACCCGCCGACUCGGCACCAACGGCGCGGCGGAAAUCAAAGCCCACCCUUUCUUCCACUCCAUCGACUGGCGCAAACUUCUCGACCGGAAAUACGAACCCUCUUUCAAACCUUCCGUGGUGGAUGAGAGGGACACGGCGAAUUUCGACAAGGAAUUCACGUCAGAGGCGCCGGCGGAUUCGUAUGUCGAGGGGCCGGUUUUGAGUCAGACGAUGCAGCAGCAGUUUCAGGGGUGGAGUUAUAAUCGGCCUGUGGAGGGGUUGGGGGAUGCGGGGGGGAGUAUUGUGCAGGGGAGUGGGUUUGAUCAGCAGAGAUGA